AUGGAAUCUUUCACCUCGCCAGCAACACGAGCUGCAACCGCCACCCACGACGCAUCUUCCGUCACAGCAGCAGCAAUACCAGCACCAGCAAAGAAUAUCAGAUCCGGUGCAGAUUCUUCAGUCAAGGAAACCCUUCCAGACCGGCCGCUUCGGGUAGGCUUUCAAGAGGAUCAACCCAUUCCCAUUCGUACCAUCAAGGACACCAUCGCCGAGCGCCGUCAGCCGGAGAGGCGAGACUCAUGUGAGAGGUUUCAGUUGAACUUCCAACAACGAAGGUCAAACACCGGCUGGUCUGUGGCCUCUGGAUUAACUGCCGCUUCAACUGUCACCGACAUCACCGAGCCCGAAAGUCCUGAUGCCAUUGACGAAGAAACGUUUGAUGUUGAAUCGGUGCUGGCAUCAUCACCUCCCUACCCUCACGGCUCUCCAUCUCGCUCUAUCGCUUGCUCUUCAUUACCGACAAAGCCUCUGGCUCCUAUCGAUACUGACAGAUCCUCUUCAUUUCGCCAACGCCAGCCAGUCAGUGACAUUCCGCCAUCACCUCGGAAAGUGCAUUCGGAUCGGCCAUACCGGAGGAGUUCAGACUAUAUCACACAUCCUCCACCUCUCGAGAAACAAGCUGGAUCGAUUACGGAUGACGCGGCGAAUCCAGACCUCAGGGCCGCUUGCGACAUAGUUGGCAAGGAGGACGGCGAUAACAACGAGCCGGCACAGCAACGGGAUGAGUUGUCUUCUGAAGCAGAUGGAGGCUGUCCGUCCACACCGGACGGAUUCCAUUCCUCGGCAGAUGAAAAUACGCCAGAUUCUCUGAGCGACGUAGAAGUGGACGACAACUCGGUGCAGGAUUUCCUCGACAGAGCCCUCAAGCAUGUGUUUGGUGUCGAGCUCUGUGAACUGAACCAAGGCACCGCGUCAGCGGCCUACCAAUCGGUGAGUUACUGUCUCGACGAACUAUCAUAUAUUGUCCGGUCCGGUAGCCGGCAUUUCGCCGACUCUGCCGUCCCGCCAGUGAACGAGGCAGCUCGCAGUCAUGCAGGUUUCAACAGCACUCCUAUCCAAGGCACGGCCGACACAACUGGCUAUGGCGGCAAAUCAAGUGGCCAGGGCAGUCGUAAAAACCACAACGGGACGAAAAAAAGACUCAGUGGGGGCCUCGAAGGCGGAGAGGAAGAAGAAGACGGGGAUGGCGACGAGGGAGAUGAUCGCCAGGGCGGUGGCGGUAAGCGACAAAGAAUAACGGACCAUGGUCACGGCCAAAACUUUAGCUGUCCGUUCCGCAAGAGAAACCCGAUCAGAUUCAACGUUCGAGACUUUCAGAGCUGCGCGGUACAGUCCUUCCCCGACAUCCCUCAGCUCAAACGGCACAUCAAGAACUUCCACCGACAAAACUCGAUACCGCCGUUUAUGUGUCCGCGAUGCAAGGAGGAUCUAGGAAGCCACGUGGACUUGGUCGCCCAUUCGGCCGUAAAGAUACAUCUCAUGUGUGAAGUACGGGAUGUGCCAUCAAGUCUGGACCCCGAAGACGGCAUCACGCCACAGGUGGAGGAGGUUCUCAAUGGGAGAAAAGCAAACUCAAAGGUGGACUGUUGGGAUACGCUCUGGGACGUGUUGUUUGGCACGGAGGAAGGGAUCCCUGACCAUAAUUUUGUGCCCCCUACAGAAUUGGAUGAGGUGCAUGCCGAAUUCAGGAAGCCGUCCUCCCGCGAUGAACUCAGGCAGCGGCUUGCGACGGAGUUUCCUCACCACGACCCAGACCUCCUGCUCAGCCUCUUCAACGAGCACAUCGACUCUGUUGUGGACACCUGCCGCUUACGGACAAGCCAACUCUCUGGGCGGCCAAGACGGACCCGCAACCAGGGCCCUCGACAGCCAACAGCAAGCCCUCAGCGGGCGAGAAGAGCUAGCCACACAGCACCCCUCCAUCCGAUUCAGAGCAGAGACACACUGGGGAGUAACGGCCAAAGCGGCGGGGCGUCCUCGACGCAUGGCACGCCCAUCAACAACGAUUCGUCUUGGCCGAGUCCCAGCCAGCCGCCGUUGAUGUCGUAUGCGCCGUCACCGGGAGGCUAUGGACAGGCCGUCAGUCCGGGAGGAUUGAGUGACACCAAUGUGGCAUCCCUUCUCCCGGCACAAGUAUCAAGGCGUCAGCUUGGUAUCACUGUGCCGGCUCCGACAGCGCGGCAGGUACAGCGGCCAACAUUUGGCGCGCCGCUUCUGGGGACCUCCGGAGGAACAGAUGGGAGUGCCUCCCACCAUAUGCGGGUGCCUUCGGGGGACUCGGGGAUCAGCUUCGACACGGCUGCGGCAGCUGGCUAUCUCUUGCGGCAGCAGCCGGGUGUCAAUCUUGUCCCGAACCACUUUUUUGGCAGCACGAAUCUUCCAGUGCGGCAGCAAUUCCAACAUGGCAUCAGACGCGCAGGUGGUUUCCAGGGAGGCAGCGCGAACACACUUAGCCUUGAUAUGAACCAGGUGUAUCAGCAGCAGCAGGGGCCAUACCAGCAUCACAUGCAGCAUGCGCAUGCGCAACAGCUACAGCUACAGCUACAGCUACAGCCACAGCAGAUGCCGGGACAGGGGAAGUCACCCAUCAGCCCGCACUCGGCCAUGACGGUGACAGCUUCAUCGCCAGGAGGGUUCUUUGGGAGUUAUGAGCUGGGGCCAGGUCAGACAAACCUGGGACAACAGUAUCCACAUUAA